CAUGAGGAAGUGCUGACAGCUGCUGGGGCCGGAUGGUUGUGCCAUGAAACCCCAAUGGCACCGCUGUGCCCCGAAGCCUCCGCUGCCCCAUGGCACGAAUUGGGGGGCCAUCAGGGAUGGUUUGGAGGCAUCCACGGCCCCACAUGAGUCAGCGGCGUCGGUGUCACAUGAGGAGGACGGUUGCGCCAGGCAGGAAGGGCGUGCGCAGGCGGGUGCAGCAGGGCUUUAAAAGCCCCAGCUGGGACAGGCUUGUCUGCUCUGGCUCUCGGCCACCCUGCUGUCCUGUCCCCAUGGCCCCUGCGGUGCUGCUGGCCCUGCUGGCCGUGGGGCUGGGGCUGGGGCUGGCCCUGCCCGGCUGUGACUACCCAACUCACCUUUGGUGCAGCUCACGGGAGAUCACCACUGUUUGCCAGGCAGAGAACUACUGUGCCAACCUCUCGCACCCGACAGCAGCUCCGGUGCAGGUGAGCCUGUACUAUGAGAGCAUGUGCCAGGGCUGCCGGAUCUUCCUGACGCAUCAGCUCUUCAGCACCUGGCUGCUGCUGCCCGAUGGGGUCCUGAACAUCACCCUGGUGCCGUAUGGUAACGCUCAGGAGAAGAAUGUCUCUGGGAAGUGGCAGUUCCAGUGCCAGCACGGAUCAGAGGAGUGUUUGGGCAACAUGCUGCAAGCCUGCCUGAUGCACGAGGCCCAGGACUUCAACACCUAUUUUCCCAUCAUCUUCUGCAUGGAGUCGGGCUCCUCCGCCACCAAGAACCUGGAGGCUUGCCUGCAGGUGUACGCCCCAAAGCUGGACGCCGGCCGUAUCACUGCCUGUGUGCAGGGGGAGCUGGGGGCCGCCCUGAUGCACCGCAAUGCACAACUGACCGAUGCUCUGGACCCACCACAUCAAUACGUCCCCUGGGUUGUCGUCAAUGGGAAGCACACGGAGGAGCUGCAGGCGCAGGCCCAGAGCUCACUGCUGAGGCUGGUGUGUCAGCUGUACCAGGUGGGGAUGGGAUGGGAUGGGAUGGGA